AUGGCCAAUUCUACCGCGCUACGCGCCUUCCGCUCCGUCUGCGCAUCGUGUCGCACUUCAUUCCCUACCGCGACACCUGCGCUCGCCCGUCCCCUCUCUCAGAGCCAUGCGGUCCGCGCAGCAAAGGGAGAUAGUACCAUGGACAAGAAUCUCACAGCCAUCGACCAGCACAUGUUCAGCCGUGCGAGUUCUCUAGGAAGUGUGAUCCCAAACAAUCCCAACGCAGACUUCGGCAACUUGGCAAAGGGGGAAUGGGAAGAGGAUGACCGACACCACCUCCACGUCUAUGCGCACAAGCACAACACACACAUCACACUCACCGACCCGAAGCGGAACCCCAUGGUCUCAGUCUCAUGCGGAAACAUUGGGUUCAAAAAGGCGGGACGGGGCUCCUACGAUGCGGCAUACCAGCUCACAGCUUUCGUCAUGUUGAGAAUAAGGGACAUGGGAUGGCUGCCGAGGAUCAAGAAGAUUGAGCUGGCGUAUCGUGGUUUCGGAAAGGGAAGAGAAGCCGUGACCAAGGCGAUUCUGGGCAGUGAAGGAAAGGACAUACGGCCGUUGAUCAACAAGCUAUCGGACUCGACGCGGUUGAAGUUUGGUGGCACGAGGAGCAAGAAGCCGAGGAGAUUGGGCUAA